AUGGGGACAAGCUUCUUUCCUGGCAGUCAUUGGCUUUUCUUUUCCGUGUACCUGUUGGUGUUCCUCGUGGGACUCCCCCUCAACGUGAUGGCCCUGGUGGUCUUCGUGGGCAAGCUGCGCCGCCGCCCGGUGGCCGUGGACUUACUUUUGCUAAACCUGACCAUCUCGGACCUACUCCUGCUCCUCUUCCUGCCGUUUCGCAUGGUGGAGGCGGCCUGCGGCAUGAGAUGGCUUCUGCCCUUCAUCCUCUGCCCUCUUUCUGGGUUCCUCUUCUUCACCACCAUCUAUCUUACCUCCCUCUUCCUGACGGCUGUGAGCAUCGAACGUUUUCUGAGUGUGGCCUACCCACUGUGGUACAAAACCCGGCCCCGGCUGGCCCAGGCCGGUCUGGUUAGUGGAGUCUGUUGGUUCCUGGCAUCAGCUCACUGUAGUGUGGUUUAUGUCACUGAAUACUGGGGAAACGCAACCGACAGCCAGGGGACCAAUGGAACCUGCUACCUGGAAUUCCGGGAGGACCAGCUGGCUGUCCUCCUACCUGUGCGACUGGAGAUGGCUGUGGUCCUUUUCAUGGUGCCCCUGUGUAUCACGAGUUACUGCUACAGUCGCCUGGUGUGGGUUCUGAGCCGGGGAGCCAGCCGGCGCCGGCGCAAGAGGGUGAUGGGGCUUCUUGCAGCUACGCUGCUCAUCUUCUUCGUCUGCUUCUGCCCCUACAAUAUGUCCCAUGUGGUGGGCUACGUGCGCGGUGAGAGUCCAUCCUGGCGGAGCUACGUGCUCCUUCUCAGCACCCUCAACUCCUGUAUUGACCCUCUGGUUUUCUACUUUUCGUCCUCCAAGUUCCAAGCCGACUUUCAUCAGCUCCUGGGGAGGCUGAUCAGAGCUCGCGUGCCUUGGACUCGGGAAGUCAGCUUGGAACUGAAGGUAAAGAACGGAGAAAAGCCAUCCAAGGAGUGUCCGAGCUAG